GGAGGCUCAAAGCAGGGUCAAGGCUGCGAUGGGAACUUUCCUCAAAGAAGAAGCCGCAAAAAUGCAAAGAACUGAAGCCGAUAAAGAAGAAGACGACCAAGACAAUGAUGACAGUGGAGAGAGGGAUUCUGAGGAGGAACAACAACUACCAAUCGUUUUCGGUCCUUUCAUGAUCUCAAAGAAAGAUAUCAUGACGAAACUCGAAGUCCGUCUGUUUAUUUUUAAACUCUGGCUUAGAAGAAUAGAAGAUAUACGAAAGAUGGAUACAAAGAAAUGCAACAGCCUUCAAGAUUUUGAACAUGCCAUAUAUUACGCCCAAGAAAUCACCAAAGAUUACAGAGAGUUUAUUCAAAAGCAAUUCUACGACAUAGAACUACAACAGAUGCUGCCUCACCACAAAGAAAACUACGAAAAAGCAUGGGAUGAAACCUUGGAAGAGAAAGAAAAGGCUGAUUUUGAAAUGUUAAAUGAAGAUUUAGAAAUGUUUUGUUCCAAUACGGCUCGCAUCUGUGCUUUGCUCGGCCUUCGACUCGACUUCCUCGACCGCCUAAAAGAAAUACCACCAGAAGAUUGCGAUCAUCUUAAGGUAUGUGAAUGGAUCAUAACUUUCUUACGAAACAACUAUGAGUCGGCUAUUCCAGCCGACAGAAGCCCUCCCAGCAAGGAAUUGCUUACUGCUGUCGGUUUUGAUCCUCUUAGUUCCUCCGCCGAAACCAUCAUGGUGCGCGCAGGAAGUACGCAACAUCACAUCGAUGCGUGCGAAAUGGCAGAAAUAUUUAUUAGAGACCAGUUCAAGUACAAUAUUUUGCUCUCUCCUGAACUUUCAAGAUUCUCUUUAAUGGAAAAUUGUACAAAUACAUGGUUUCAGCUCCCAGAACCGACUAACGAUGAAGAAAUCAAUGGAGUUUCCUUUUGCCACGUCAACAUCCAGAACCUCGUGACAAAAGAAUCUCUCGCUUCUAGUAAUAUUCGUUCGAGUCUCAGCGGCUUAGUGUCUAAGGACGACCAAAACACUGUUCUGUUUCAUGGCACAGAUCAUCUAAGCGCCUGCGACAUUUUAUUUCGAGGAAUAGAUUUGUGUCAAGGACGACAGAGGCGAGACUUUAGCUGUGGAUCAGGAUUUUAUUUGACCGACAAUAGCGAAGAAGCUUUGAACUGGGCUCAGAACACAACGGCGAAACCAGCUUUGUUAGUUUUUCAAGUGAAUCGACAAGAGUACUCAGAUAAUGUAAAGAAACUGAACCUGUUUGAAAACCAUCAAAAAUGGUACGAGAUUGUGUCCUCCUUUCGAUCGGGGAAGAAAACCGCCAAGACAAGAAAGAGCUUACGUGCGUAUGACUUGAUUGAAGGGCCAGUCGGCACCAUCAGAAGGAAUGAUUUAAUGGAUAAGAUUACGUUCGAGCCAAAACCUUCUUCUUAUCAAAUGUGUUUGAUUUCUGAUGACUUUGCGGAGAGUUUCAGAAAAACGCUUGAUUCGAUUAUUUUUCUAGACAUCUGUUAAAGCAAGGCGAAACAGCGAAAACAGACUUAACCCUAAGUGAACAAAGAAACUAACGCACCAGACGCAUCCGUGUCAUUUUUGUGUUGUGUUGACAAGGUAGUAGGACAGAAGUAUUAGGUAUGCCUGUAGAAGCAACUACAGAACCUUUCCAGAUUUUCAUAGCAAAUUGAACUCUCGACAGAUAUAGCGUAUGUAGAUAAAGAUUCAACUUACGAAAUGCAGAACUAGUUGCAUAAGGGGCUGCUGGUCCCGUUCAAAGGUCGAUAUCGGCAUUUUACUUUCACUUUGGAAAGAUCUACAUCGUCUCGCAUUUCAAGGGUGAAUUUUACUUUUCGGUGACCAGAAAGAAUUUCACUGGGCCUUGAUGGAAUCGAGGUGUAAAAAAUUGCAUCAUAUUUGUCAAGAAAUGAGCUUAAUCGUCCCUUGUUCUGUCCACUUUGUUCCUGCAUAGUGACUCAUUAGAAAUGUUACCAGUAGUUAUCAAGAUGAUAAAAUAAAUUCUUGAAAUACAG